AAAUUUCCAAGUUAACAUAUCCAAGUACCAUUUUUGUGAAUUAACUGUUGUUUAGUUUGUUGUUUAUUGCAAAGUGUUGGGGACGGGACUUGGGGAGUGGUGUGGGAGGACGAUUCGGACGAGACUACCGGAGCUAGAGUUUAAAGAUUAAGUGUCACUCUGAUAAAGGAGACAAUUUGACUUUGGGACAAUCGGUGUGGAAGAUACAUGAUAGGUAUAUCACAAAAUGACUGAGAUAAACCUUGUUGUUCUGUUCGGAAGUCAAACCGGGACAGCGGAAGAUGUUGCUGAACGCGUUGCAAGAGAAGGGGUACAGUUGGGUUGCAUGAAACCAUUGGUCUCGUCUAUGAACGAAAUCGGCGUAGAGAAUUUGAAAUUGAAUUACUCAAACGACAAGACGAUAGUCAUUUUUAUUGCUGCCACUACUGGACAGGGAGACCCUCCAGAUAAUAUGAAGGACUUUUGGAAAACGUUAUGCAGAGCUCAGUGGAGUCAAGAUUUACUAUGUCAGCUUAAUUAUGGAGUUAUCGGAUUGGGAGACUCGUCAUAUGAAAAGUAUAAUUUUGUGGGCAAGAAGCUGAACAGACGACUGAAACAGUUGGGUGCAAGUCAAAUUCUAGACCUUUGUCUUGGAGAUGACCAACAUGACCUGGGAUAUCAUGCGUCUGUGGCUCCUUGGUUAGAAAGUCUAUGGACGGUUAUAUGUCAGAAAUGGAGUUUAAAUCCAAAGCCCAAAACAAGCAUGAAGCCAAUAUCAAAAUUCACCAUUAAGGAACAAGAUGACAAUUUGAUUCAAGAUGGUUUAUCAAUUAUUCACGAUGAUGAGAAGAGCACGCUUGAAGUGCGGAAUGUUACAGGAAAUGUACGAGUUACAUCGGCUAAUCAUUGGCAAGAUACACGACUCAUUACAAUUGACCUUGAGAAUUCCAAUCUGAGUUUUGUUCCAGGCGACGUUUUAACAAUCCAGCCUUCCAAUUUGCCUGACAAUAUCGACACGUUUUUUGAAACAUUCCCCGACUUGGUCACCGAUCCACCCAUUUAUAUUCAGAAGAAUCCAGACUUACCAUGGAGUAAAAUAAGCCCAGAAAUUAUCAAAAUAAUGGGACCACAGCCGUGGAGCUGGAGAAAAAUUGUCACACAUUUACUCGAUAUUCAGUCAGUACCACGACUUUACUUUUUUGAAUUAAUGAGCAAGUUUGCUGAUAACGAAUUAGAAAAGGAAAAGUUAACCGAAUUUUGUACUCCGGAAGGACAAGAAGAUCUUUUUUCUUAUUGUAAUCGUCCAAAGAGAAAUAUUCUGGAGGUACUUCAAGAUUUUCACCACACUAAGCGUAAUAUUCCUCCAGUUUUCCUAUUCGACCUCAUUCCAGCUAUAAAGCCAAGAUCGUUUUCAAUUGCCAGCUCUAGAAAACAAUUUCCAAAUUCUGUACAAAUCUUGGUAGCAGUGGUAGAAUAUCAAACAAAAAUUAAAUCCAAAAGAAAAGGACUUUGCUCUAAUUGGCUAGCUCAUCACUGCCAAGAAGGCACUCCAAUUCCAUUGUGGGUUCAAAAAGGAAGUUUUACGUUUCCCCCUCUAGACGAAGAAGCUUCCAUUAUAAUGAUUGGACCUGGUACUGGAGUAGCACCGUUCAGAUCAUUUAUCACGGAUAGCUUACAGUCAUGGGACAAGUGGUUGUUCUUUGGAUGCAGAAAUGAAAAACUUGACUUUUAUUUCCAAGAUGAAUGGGUGAAGUUGGAACAAGACAAUUUGCUCAAAUUUAAAUGUGCCUUUUCGCGAGACUCCAAUGGAGAAAAACGGGAUUAUGUACAAGAUAAAAUUCUGCAAGAAACUGAAACACUGGGUCCAAUCUUAGCCUCUAGAAAGUUUUACAUUUACGUCGCCGGAAAUGCCAAAGACAUGCCAAAGGAUGUUCAAGAAGCAAUUUUACAACUUAUGAAACAAUCUGGGAUUAAUAAUGCCGAAAAUUUUAUGGAAUUAUGCUCCAAACGGCUUGGAAGAUAUCAAACUGAGACAUGGUCAUAACAAUUAAAAUAUCUAGUCUGUCAAAUUAAUUUACUAAUGCAUGUUAAAUAAAUGUAUGACGAAACCAAA